AAGUGACAGCUCUGGAAUAUAAGCUGAAGAGGAGGACGGUGGACAAGGAGGACUACAUCAGCUAUAUCCAGAAAGAAGACGGCCUGUAGUGCAGUCCAGAGCUGGCGCCGCCUCCUGGUCCACGGCAAGUACGGUCCUGACAUCGGGGGAGCCCCCUCAGUCCAGCCAGAAGCUCUGUUCUCCACCCUUCCUGCAGUGACAUAUCUUCCGGGUGCAGGGAGGAGGACGCCAUCACUAAGUACGAGAUUAACUUCCUGGAGCUGCUAAAUAAGAGGCGUCGGCGCAUUGGAUACUCAUUUAAGAAGGAGGAGAUUGAAUUUGUCAUUGUACAUAGAAUUAAUGAACUCUUCGGUCGCGCCAUCAACAAAUGGAAGGAGGAUCUCCAGCUGUGGAUGUCUCAAGUGGCUUUCUGUAAGAAGUGGAACUGUAAGUUGCAGCUCAGCCGCAUCUUCUCCUCACUCUUGGCUGUACACCCGGAUAAACCAGCCUUGUGGAUAAUGGCAGCUAAGUGGGAAUUUGAAGAUAAACUGUCAACUGAAAGUGCAAGACACCUCUUCCUGCGCGCCCUGCGCUUCCACCCGGACUCGGCCAAGCUCUAUCAGGAAUAUUUCCGGAUGGAGCUCAUGAAUGUUGAGAAGCAAAGAAAAGAGAAAGAAGAUUUAGAUAAAGCAAAGAUGGACAUUGAGAAAGACUUAUUCUCAGAUGAGAUUCUUAAUGGAGAAUUGGUCCGUGUGGUCUAUAAAACUGCCGUGCAGAAGAUUAAAGGGGCCAAGUUCCAUCUCUCACUUCUUUCUAUCGCUGAGAUGUUUGACUUCACUAAACAUCUGCAAAAGGAUAUUUUGGCUGACUUGCAGACCCUCUACGCAGACGACCCCCUCACCUGGGACUUUUUGGCUCGUCAGGCUUUAUCAGCAAAAGUGUUACCAUCAGCAGAGUAUACGUCCAAACAGACAAAGGCACAAGACUUGGCUCGAAAGGAGGAGCAAUGCAGCCUUGUGUAUGAGAAGGCGCUGGGCUCGCUGCAAACAGAGUCCAUGUGGGAGUUAUAUGUGGCCUUCUGUCUAGAGAGAUAUAAACGGCAAACUAACAGCAAAGAACUAAAGCAGCAGAGGCAGGACAGGCUGCUGUCUGCACUUCAGAAAGCUCACGACUCUGACCUGUUACCGCAAGCAAGAUACCAUGACUGGAUCUCUCUUCUCAUGGAACUGGGGCAGGGGGAUGUGGCAUCACAAGUAUUGGUGAAAGCUACAGACAGGUUCCCUGGGUCUGUGGACAUGUGGAAAAUGAGAUUGGAGACUCUCGUGAGUCUGAAGGCAGAGAACUUGGAGAAUGUGUUUGAUAAGGCAAUGACCUUAGUAAAGAUGCAGGACAGUUUGCCAUUGUGGAUAUUGAUGGUAGACUGGAGUGAGGAGGAGAGAAAUGAGGAAGCUAUAGACUCACUGUACCAGAAACUCGUCCUUAAUCCAGUUGCCACCAGGACCAUGAAGGUGAAGUAUCUGGACUGGUCCUAUAGGAAACAUGGCUAUAAAAGAGCAAGGAAGGUGUUCAUGAGUUUAAAAGAAAAUCGUCCUUUCUCUGAGGACUUCUUUCAGAAGAUGAUUGACAUAGAGAAGGAUCAGGAGAUGAGCAAGAUGGUGAAUUUAAGAGAGUACUACGAGCGGGCGCUGCGGGAGUUUGGAGCCACGCAGCCAGAUCUCUGGUUGUCCUAUAUCAAAGAAGAGCUGAGCCACGUGGAGGGGAAACCGGAGAAUUGUGGCGCCAUUCACUGGAGAGCCAUGAAAAUGCUGCAGGGAGCAGAUGUGGAGGAUUUUGUGACUAAAUACACACUGAUACAGAGCGGACACUUAUGAUGCUAUACUGAAUGUCUUCAAGACCCUUGGAAGGGUUUCCUUUUGUAACCUGGAUUAGAAAAAAGAUGCUGUGGACUAAAGGAUACAAUAAACACCAAAAAGAAAAAUCUGGAACAAUCUUAUGACUAUAGAACUGGGGUCACUUUGGUGGCCAUACUGGUUAUUAGAUAGCUUUUAAGUGGAUUUACUUAAGGCAGGUGACUGCCACCUCCCAAUAAACAUGGAGAUCAGCAGGGUAACUGUUUGUUAUAAUAUAGAACAAUGGAUUGUAAGGGGUAAAAGGCAACAGAAUGAGCACAAUGUAGGCUGGAAGAUCGGCUGCAGUUUCUGCUCCAUAUAGUGUGUGGAUGGAACACAACAGUACAGUUUCCCCCGGUCUUGCAGAUGCUUUAGAAUACAACCUUACAAAUGUUUGUGAAAAAUGGGCAGAACAGUCAAUACUGUCCUUUCUGACAGUUAUAUCAUUAUUUUUUGCUUUGUUUACAUGUUUGUUUUGCUACUUUUCAUAAAGAAACAUUGGAGACACCUGUGAAUGAAGCGAUAUUAUCCUAC